AUGCGUUUCCUUCCCGUAGCUUCCGUCUGCUUGCUUGCUGGUCAAGGUGCAAAUGCCGCCCUCGUAGCAGAUCUGUCGACGCCAACCGGUAUCAAAGAGGCUGCGAAAACGCUGGCAAAGGAUUUGAUGAGCUUUUAUACUGGAAACAACCCAGGAGAUGUCGCUGGAAACUUGCCAGAUCCAUAUUACUGGUGGGAAGCGGGAGCGAUGUUUGGUACGAUGGUCAACUACUGGUAUUACACAGGCGAUACGACAUAUAACACAAUAACUACCGAAGCGAUAUUACACCAGACGGGCGAGGAAUGGGACUUCAUGCCGGAAAAUCAGACAAAGACAUUAGGAAACGAUGAUCAAGGGUUCUGGGGCUUGACGGCCAUGACCGCGGCAGAAGUAAAGUUUCCAGAGUUCCCAGCGCCGGCACCCGGCUGGUUAGCUUUAGCACAAGGUGUAUUUAAUACACAGGCGGAUCGAUGGGAUUAUGCGAACUGUGGAGGAGGUCUCCGAUGGCAGAUUUUCCCUUUCAACAAUGGUUACAGUUACAAGAACACGAUUUCCAACGGAUGUUUCUUCAAUCUCGGCGCGAGAUUGGCUCUAUAUACGGGUAACCAGACAUAUGCUCGUUGGGCGUCCAAAACGUGGGAAUGGGUCGAAAACGAAGGCCUGAUCGAUCCGGAGUACAAUGUCUUUGACGGAACCAACAUUGGUGAUAACUGCACAUCCAAGGACCACAACCAAUGGACUUAUAAUGCGGGAAUUUAUCUUUUGGGUGCCGCGACAAUGUUCAACAUGACAAAUGGUACGGAACAAGUUGAAUGGCAGGAACGAACUUCUGGUCUCCUAAACAAAACAGUAGCAACAUUUUUCACCAAUGGGAUAAUGCACGAGCUGUGCGAGAAUGGAAAAUGUAACGUUGAUCAGCGAUCUUUCAAGGCAUAUCUCAGCCGUUGGCUAGCCGCAACCUACCGCCUCGCUCCAUUUACCAAAGACAUAAUUCAACCCCUUCUGAAGACAUCCGCAGCGGCAGCGGUCAAGACAUGCUCGGGAGGCGCAUCUGGCUCGCAAUGUGGAUUGAAGUGGGACACUGGAUCAUUCGAUGGCAGCUUUGGCGUCGGAGAGCAAAUGGCCGUUCUCGAAGUCGUACAAAGCAACCUCAUUACCGAAGUCCCGGAUUGGGUCAGCGCCGUCAAAGGCACCGGAAAUAGUACAGGAAACGUGGAUGCCGGACAGAACAGUUUGACUGCGGGUACCGUGCUCACUAAACCUGCGACCACGAAGGAUCGUGUCGGUGCGGGAUUUUUCACCGCUCUGGUGUUGAUUGGAGUCGUUGGAGGGAGUGCGACGAUGAUUAUCUCGGAGUAA